AUCCCCAGUAGCGUCUAUAAAGCGUACGUGUGCUGUAGGACCACUGCUUGAGCUGGUUACCAGCACGAUCACGUAUUUUGCCGUCUUUUUAUUAAGAGGGAAUAAUGGACUGGAUUACUGAUCUCUCGCUGAAUCAGCUCUUUUCUCAUCAGGCUUUUGGUCAACAGUUUGAUUUCUUUAUUCGCAGCUGCUGAUGCUGCUGGUGGUGCUGAUGCUGAUGCUCUGGAUCAGAGGGACGUUAUCCAGCUACCUGCAUCCAGACUGGAUGGUUUUACUGUCAGAAUCCUCUGAUGCUCGCCUGCCUCGUUUAAAUGGACCUGGAAGGGAAAUAAACCAUUUUUUAUUGUUUUGAUUUCUUUAUUAUAAAAUUUACACGCUGUCUUAUUUAGCUUAAAGCCAUGACAGACGCGGAAUUACACACCUUCACAUCCAUCAUGGAUGCUCUCGUGCGCAUCAGUUCCAACAUGAAGAGCAUGGAGCGUGAGCUGCGCUGUCCGGUGUGUGAGGAGAUGGUGAAGCAGCCCAUCGUGCUGCCGUGUCUGCACAGUGUGUGUGUGCUGUGUGCGGCCGAGGUGUUGGUCCAGAGGGGCUAUCCUCCUCCUGAGCUCCCUCCAGAGCCCAACACGCCCACGUCCAGCCCCAACACUCGCUCCCCACGACAGGCCCGCAGACCCCCACCCAAAACCGAUCGCCUCGACCGCGUGCUCAGGACAGUUUGUGGGACGUAUCCUGGCCGCAGACGGAAGGACACGCCCGUUCUGACCAUGAUGUUCCCGUGUCCCACCUGUCGGAGUGAUGUGGAGUUGGGGGAGCGUGGCCUCAUGGACUGCCUCAGAAAUCUCACACUGGAGCGCAUUGUAGAAAGGUACAGACACACGAUCAGCCUGGGCAGCAUGGCGGUGAUGUGUCAGUUCUGUAAACCCCCUCAGACUCUGGAGGCCACUAAAGGCUGCGCCGACUGCAGAGCGAACUUCUGUAACGAGUGCUUUAAGCUCUACCACCCGUGGGGAACGCCGCGCGCCCAGCACGAACACAUCCUGCCCACGCACAGCUUCAGGCCCAAGUUGCUGGUGUGUGUUGAGCAUGAGCAGGAGCGAUUGCAGUUCUAUUGCCGGUCGUGUCAGCGGCUGCUUUGUGCCCUCUGUAAGCUCCGGCGGGUCCACAGUGGGCACAAGGUCAUGCCCAUCGCUCAGGCCUACCAGACUCUAAAGGAUAAAAUCACUAAGGAGAUGAACUACGUCUUGGGUAAUCAGGAGAUGGUACAGGCGCAGAUCACCCAGGUGGAGAGUGCCAUCGCUCAGACAGAGGUGAACAGUGCAGUAGCCAAAGAGCAGAUGAAUCAGUGUGUGAACGAGUUGCGGGGGGUGCUGGCUGAGAGACAGGGUGGUCUGUCUAAAGUAAUAGAAGGGUCUCGGUCUCAGAGAGCUGAGGCUCUGAACAGUCAGCUCUCAGAGAAACAGAGUCUGCUGGAAAACGCCGGACUCGUCACGUACACUCAGGAGCUGCUCAAAGAAACGGAUCAGCCCUGCUUCGUCCAGGCCGCCAGAGUCACACACACCAGGCUUGUUAAAGCCAUAGACAACCUGCAGCACUUCUCUCUCUCCGCUGAUCCCUCGUUCCGGCACUUCCAUAUGGACGUCUCCCGAGAGCUCAAGCUCCUGAGCGGCAUGGACUUUAUACAAGCUCCUCUGGCUCCUGUGAUUGACACUCAGAAGACUCUGGCCUAUGACCAGCUCUACCUGUGCUGGCGCCUCCCUCAGGACUCCGCCCCUGCCUGGUACUACUCUGUGGAAUAUCAGAGGAAAGUGGGCGGGUCUGGCCCGUUGUGGGGCGGGGUCAAGUCUGAAAGCACAGGAAGUGGAAACAGCCCGUGGCAGCGAUUAGAGGAGGUGGGCGGGACCAGUGCUGUGAUUGACAGGCUGGAGAUGGACAGCGUGUAUGUGCUGAGGGUGAGGGGCUGCAACAAGGCGGGUUAUGGGGAGUGCAGUGAGGAGGUGUACCUACACACACCACCUGCACCAGUCUUGCCGUUUUGUCUGGACUCUCGUUGGGGUCUUCACGCCGAGCGGAUCGCUCUGGGUAAGGGUCAGACGUACGCCCGCAGUGUUCCCGGACUCACCCUUCUACAGGCUGCAGACCGCGCCCUCACUUCCUGCCACCUGACCUCUGACCUCCUGGUGGCCGACGUGUCCGUCACUCAAGGCCGUCACUACUGGGCAUGCUCAGUGGAGCCUGGCUCGUACCUGGUCAAGGUUGGAGUUGGUUUAGAAUCAAAGCUGCAGGAAUGGUUUCACCUCCCACAGGACAUGGCCAGCCCACGGUACGACCCUGACAGUGGUCACGACAGCGGUACAGAGGAUGCUCAGGACUGUCCUCCUCCAUUCUGCUUCCUCACUAUGGGAAUGGGCAAGAUCCUGCUCCCCAAGUGUGGCGCGUCCAACGCCUCGGCCACGCCCCUCACCGCCCCUCUGCCACCACGCCUCGGCUUGUGCCUGGACUUCGAAAGGGGGCGGGUCACUUUCUACGAUGCCCAUUCGCUGAGGGUGUUGUGGGAGGGGACUGUCGACUGCUCUGCCCCUGUCUGCCCCGCCUUCUGCUUCAUCGGGGGCGGGGCUCUGCAGUUGCAGGAGCUGAUAGCCAAUCGAAGCACAGAGCAAACCCCGCCCAGGAGAGUCACCAUCCAGACGCGCGCCACCAAUCUCUGUAACUGAACCUUUAACUGAACCUGAGAUUUAAUGAAAAGCACCUUUAAAAUGAGUCUUUUUAUUUAUUAUUUUUAGUUAGUAUCUUUUAUGCUUGAUUUGCUUUUUUUUAUUUAUGCUUUAAAUUAAAAUUACAUUUUAUAAUAAGGUUUGCUCAUGCAUUAUAUUGGACAAAAUGCUUAGAUAUUGCAGCAUGUCGGCUAAAUUAAAAUGCUAAAUAAUGAGAAAUCUGCAUUUUGUCAUCGAAUGCUGCAUGAAUGUUGCGAUUCUGCUUUUGGCUUAAAUAUAUAUUGCAAAUAUUUGAAAACACUAAUUCAAAUGAAUGAUUUCUCAUUAUUUACGAAAUAUUUUUUACGUAGUUAGCCUUGCAAAGCACCUGAAACGGAUAUGUUAAUAAUAUGUAAAUAGACCUUGAUUUAAAGUACGUCUAAUAAUUUUCAUGCUUUUUUUAUAGGACUGUUCGAUUGCCUUGAACACGUUUAAUGGAGAGGUUUCGUUUCUGUGCUGUAGUCACAAGAGUCCCGUUUGCGUGUUUCAUUUGUAGCGGAGAAGCGUCUCACUGACUGUUGUUGAACUGAAUUUUGAUCCAGAUUGUGUGAAACUGUUAAGAUAUCGUCACUAUUGUAACACAACAUUGUAUCUCCUAAAAGUGGAGAAUGAAGGAGGACUGUUCUUAGCUUCAUAAGUUUAUGUGCAUUGCUGAAAGAGUAGCUGUAUUUCCUUUUUUUAUUUCCUUUUUUUAAUUACUCACAAAAUACAAGACAACACAACACAAAAAACACAGUUUUAAAAGAUCAUCAACACUCCAAAACCUGCAGUUCAUUUCCUUUUGAGACAUUUAGGAUUGAACAUACUCUUGUGCUUCAGGUCAUUGUCAUGUUGCAUAGCCCAACAGCACUUAAGCUUUAGUAUCCAGUUGAGCUGCACCAGCUAAAUGUUGCUAAAUGCUGAUUGUAGCUUAGUUUAAAGGAGAACUCCAGUGUGAAAUGGAUUUUGGUGUAGUAAAACAUGAUAAAGAUUAUUAACCUUUGUUAAAUAGCACACCUCUGUUCUCCGGCAGCUUUUCGAGAUCCAGUAAUUUUUACAGUUAGUCCAAACCUGCUUUAAAAUGGAUGAUAUGGGGCAUAUUUUGCAGCCGCCAUCUUUACCUUUACCUUUAACGGAGAUUAGAUUACGCUACGAGUUGUAAACAGUGUUUUUAAUAAGCUUCUUUUGCACUUUUUUAAGUUAUUAAUGCCUCGUUUUAAAUGUCAGGGCUCUCCAGAUUCCAGCAAGGAGGUGUGGAGCUACUUUAAGCCUGAAUAACUGUGGAAAAAGCGAUUUAUCUGCAGGGGCAAAAUAUGCCCCAUAUCAUUCAUUCUAAAGCAUGUUAGGACUGACUGUAAAAAAUACUGGAUCUGCAAGAGAACAGGGGUGGGCUAUUUAACAAAGCUUAGUACGCUUUAUCAUUUUUUACUACACUAAAAUUCUAUUUUACACCAGAGUUUCCUUUUAAAUAUAAACUGCGCACAUGUUCGAGUGUCUUUAGGAGCUAAAAAUGAACUAAAAUUGAAUUGGUUGAACCAAAUAAACUAGUUUUAAUGUAAAACUAAAGAAGCAAUUAAAGAGCUAAAUAUAUGCUUCUGACCACACCAAGGAUCCCCAGACCUUAGCACUACCACCACCAUGUUUGACUGUUGGUCAUUUGACUCCUGAUUUCACAGUACAAAAUUACAAAAUUAGCUUUUGCAUUUUCUUGUUUAAUCUGGAUCUUUGGACUUAUUAUUUUUUUUGCAUAUAAUUUGCAGAUGCUUUUGGACCAAUUACAGGACGUUGAAACUGGCUUUAAUCACCAUUAUUAAACAACAGAAGAAGAAAAAGAACAGGUGUUGUGCCUAAAUCGGUGUCAAAACUAACCCGACUAAAUACAUUCAAUGGAACACAAACAUAAAUCUGACUCUGUUUACUUUUUUUAAGUUUAGUUUGUGUUUAUGUAGGUUCAUGUAUUUGCCACAUAUAUAUAUAUUUUAUGUUUUGCUUGAGGAUCUGUUUUAAUUGAUUGUGUUAAGCACUGACUGAAUCUUCAGUUAAAUGAACGAUCAAUCGUGACAGUUGAGUUGGUAUUACAUCUGUGUAACCAGUUAAGGAAUCAAACGUCUAUCUUCUAUUGUUGGGGAGAUCGCUGGUUCGAAUCCCGGUGAUGCAGCUUGCCAUCAGCUGCCGGAGCCCUGAGAGAGUGCAAUUGACCAUGCUCUCUCUGGGUGGGUACAGUACAGUAGAUGGCGCUCUUUCUUUCCCCUCAUCACUUCUAGGGUGGUGUGGAUCAGCACAAGGCUGCGUCUGUGAGCUGAUGUAUCAGAACCGAGUCGCUGCGGUUUCCUCCGAGCGUUAGCGCUGUGAUGCUACUCGGCAAUACUGCAUGGGUGGGGCUAAUUGGCCUAGCUAAAUUGGGAGAAAAUGGGAAAGUAAUUAAAAUAAAGGGAAAAAAAGAAAAAUUGUUUAAUUAAUAGUUACCUAGUUAGACAGAUGUAUAACCAGUUGUACAAUUAGGACAAUAUCCUAUACUACACUAUACAUUAACAUAUAAAAAGACUAUUAUUAUUGUUAUUUAUUUAAUAAAUGGAUCAUAUUUGCUGGUCUAUUUAUUGUAAAAUGUCAUUUUAUUAUGACAGUUGUGUGUACAGGCAGGUACAGUGUUUUGACUCUUAAUUAUUAGUAAUAAUGCCAGAACCUUGUUAUUGGUGUAAAGCCACACAUUUAUAGCCAAAACUCUGCUUUAUAUGAAUCAUUAAUCAAUUAUUUUUCCAGCUUAGAAUGUAUCAGACUGGGAGUUAUUAUUUAUUUUCCAUCCAUUGAAGCUGUUCACUGUGAUCUGUCUUCAUCAGGGCUGUGAGAAUAAGAAAAUGAACAGUUUGUGAAUGUAUCAUUAUUUAUCAUGAUUGAUUGAUCAGUGUAUUGUUUUACUAUGUUUCAGAUGAUGAUACACAAUAUAUAUAUAUAUAUAAAAAAACAUCUCAACAGUUUAUAACAGUUAUAAACUCGGCCUGUGGCCAGUGCCCGCCAUUUA